AUUUGAGAGAACUAGAGGACAAACGUUGUAUAAGUUUUAUUGUGAAAAGUGUACAUGGCAAGUCAUUUCGAUAUAUGGUGUUUUAAGAAAUCAGUGCUUCUUAAUAAACUGGAGAAUUAGAAACAAACAUAUUACCAUUUUAACUUUCGGCGUGGCAAUUUUUUGUAGUCUGACGCAUAUAUAGAUAUAAUUAGCUGUACUUAGAAACCGUUAAGUACAAUGCUUUAAAAUGGAUUCAUUUGACGAGCUUUCGCCUCUAAAUAUAUCGGCAUGUAUAGCAGAGAAAGCAGAGGAGACGUUAGCUCCAUUGAAGGAAGAUUUAGUUGAAUGGCUAAACAAGUUAUUUGACACGGGCAUUACUGUGGAGAACUUCAUGGAAUAUUUAGAUAAUGGCGUCCUUGUUUGUCAAUUGGCCGAGAUGAUUCAUUACUACGCUCAAAAGAACUGCGAUAACGGCAAGGCUAAGGCUUUUCAUUCACAGUUUUCAUUCAAAUACCACAAAAAUGCAAAGUCUGGUUCGUUUUUUGCACGAGAUAAUGUUGCAUUUUUCUUGGAGUGGUGUAGGAGUUUUGGUGUAAGCGAGUCUGUUCUCUUUGAAUCGGAUGGCUUAGUAAUGCACAAACAGCCCAGACAAGUUAUACUUUGCUUGCUUGACGUUGCAAGACUUGCUGCUGACUACGGCAUUGAGCCACCAGGUUUAAUUUCUUUGGAAAAGGAAAUUGACGCCGAGAUAGCAAACGAAGACGAGACGCUUCCUCUUUAUUCUGUCAAAGAUGAUAUAAAGAAUGAAAAUAAGGUCUUUGAGGAUGAGUUGCCAAAAGAAGAAAUGAUUUCAACAAAACAAAGUAAUAGUAGUGUUGGAAGAGAAUCUAAACAAUCUCUUGAUAAUCAGGUUUUACAUUUGGCCAAAGAACACGGAAUGAAAAUAAAAAAAGUUAAAGAAGGGCGCUACAUGAUAGAAGAUAAAAUAGUUAUAUUUGUGAGAGUAAGUUGCAUAUCACGUGUGUUUUGA